CUCCAAGCUCGUCCCAUCGCACUAUCUGUGGUCGACACGGAUCACUAUGGGCUCUAUGCAGACGAAGAAUGGAAGUCGUCCAUACCAGUCGGUGGUGGCUUUCUCCAAACCUCGACCUCAGACUCCGGAGAGAAGAACUUCGCUGCCAUGUCCCUCUAUCACCAGCUACACUGUCUGAACCAUCUCAGCCAAGCCAUUGCCUUCGGGCAGAAUGUCUCUGGACCAGAAACGCACCAUGCUGGGCACUGCCUCGGAUAUCUGCGCCAAAUGAUUUUAUGCCAUUCUGACAUCACCCUCGAGCCAGUUGGGUGGAUCGAAGAUUUCGACGGUAGUAUUGUAAAGGGUGCGACGGGAAUAGGCGUCACUCAUGAGUGCCGGGAUUGGACGCAAGUUAGGGCAUCGUCGAGGAUCACUAUGAGGGCUGGAAAUGGGUCGCGUGAGGGUCUGUAG